UUGAGACUGCUUAUCUUCUUGAACCACCAGAAAAUGGCAAACUUUUUGCGACGAGUAGGAGCUCAGCGAUCAUCGGUUUUGUUUUCUCCAACAAGGAGGAGAUGGUUCUCUUCGGAGGAUGCAUUGGUGGAGGUUAAGCCUGGUGAGGUCGGAAUGGUCUCUGGAAUUCCAGAGCAACAUCUCCGAAGAAGGGUUGUUAUUUACUCACCUGCACGAACAGCAACUCAGCAAGGCUCUGGGAAAGUUGGGAAAUGGAAAAUUAAUUUUCUUUCAACGCAUAAGUGGGAAAAUCCUUUAAUGGGUUGGACAUCCACAGGAGACCCGUACGCCAAUGUUGGUGAGGCAGGACUCAGUUUUGAUAGUGAAGCUGCUGCAAAGGCAUUUUGUGAAAAAUAUGGAUGGGAAUAUGUGGUGAAGAAGCGACACACACCUAUUCUAAAGCCCAAGUCGUAUGCUGACAACUUCAAGUGGAAGGGCCCUCCGAAAAGCGAGAAUGAUUAAACUGUGUGGAACCUCCAGGUAAAGAGAUAGUCCUUGGAUUCACAAGACAAUCUAAUUACAUCACAAAAAGCAUUGAUUGAGUUCUUCUUGCCAUGACUGCCCCAUUCUAUCCUUACCC